AGGUUGUUUUGUUUGAGAGAACCGACAGAAAGGGUCCUGGUGGACCUAGAAGAGAUCUUGUUAGUAGGCAUCCUGAGUUUCGCUAUCAGACUGAGUUUUAGAGCCAUGAACCAGAGCUAGGUAUCUUCAUUGAAUCGGCUGUCAUAGUUGAUGUUUGUUUCUCUUCCUUUUUUUCCUUAAUUUUGCAGGAAAAGCUCACAUAUUUACCUUUUGGUUUCAGUUUGAGUACCUAAAGAGUUUAGAGAUUGAGGAGAAAAUUAAUAAGAUCAGAUGGUGUGAGAUGGCUAAUGGCGCACUAUUUCUUCUUUCCACUAAUGACAAAACCAUCAAAUUCUGGAAGGACUAGGAUGCACCGCAAGAAUGGCCAAUUUGCAUCUUUGAGAGAAGGUUCGGCAUCUUUCAAUUUGGAAGCUAAAAAGAACAUAGUGGUUGGUAGAAGCCUGGGACUAGAAACUGUUUCAAACAAGUGUCAGCAUUGUGGUAUUAGUGAAAAUGAUACACCAGCAAUGCGACGCGGACCAGCUGGUCCAAGAACCUUGUGCAAUGCUUGCGGACUGAUGUGGGCCAACAAGGUGUGAAUUCAUAAUAUUGUAUUUAAAAUGUUUUAGAGUUGAGAUU